UUGUUAAGCACUUGUUGCAAGUGUCUUGAGCCAGUUUUUCCACUCUUACAAGUCAAACACACAGCACAGCACACACACACACACACACACGUGGAAAGAGACGAACCGUGAAGAUGCCGAGUCGAAACACGCAGGAAUGGAUCCGCCUGUCCCUCCGCACGCCAGGCAUCUUCAUCUUCGGCCUGGUCUUGGCGCCCUGCGGCUGGGUGCUCAACCUGACCGCCACCGUGGCCCCCAACUGGAGGACCCUGGAGGACGUGCCCAACACGCCCAGCAACGAGUUCAUCGAGCAAGGCAUCUGGGACAUCUGCCGCUCCGUCACCACGUCGACGUCGUCCACGUGCGGCCUGGAGGACAGCCUGUACUUCGGUAACGAGAUCAUCGAUGUGGCCCAGGGUCUCAUGAUUGCCUCGCUGGUGGUCACCCUCGUGGGCCUGGCCGUGGCCAUCCCCGGGAUCCGCUGCUGGAAGGAGAAGCCCAACUGGGUGGUGGCCGGCCUUGGGGGGCUCUUGAUCUUCAUCUCUGGAGUGCUCGCCAUCAUCCCCAUCUCGUGGUACACCCACAUACUGGAGGACAUCAGCACGGUGACGCCUACGGUGACCCUGCGUGUCGGCUACUGCAUCGUGCUGGGCUUUAUCGGCGGCAUCUUCGAGAUCCUGGGCGGCUUCGUCAUGUUCAUCGGCAUCUGUCGCUGCUGCGGGGGGAAGAACCGCGGCGAGGUGCGGGUGGAAGAGAACGGGCGCAGCCGCUUCAGCACGCGGCAACAGACGCAGCCCAGACGCGUGGACGUGCCCUCGCUGAGACGGGACCGCAGCCCCGCGCCCAGCAGCGUGCCCUACUCCCGGGACUCCCUGGACGACGACGUGUCCUUCCCCAGGGCCAAGAGCGCCGGGCCCCCCUCCAUCAACACGUCGUACAGCGGGAGGCCCUACGACGCAGACUUGUGAGGGGACAGAAAGAUUAUUAUCAGUCAUCGCAGUGUUUCCCAACCUUUGUUGAUCCAAGGCACAAAUUAUGUUACGUGAGAAAAACCCAGUGGUGGCAACUACAAAAACUUCGUUACUGUACUGAAGUAGAUUUGCAGGUAUCUCUCUACUCGACUAUUUAUUUUCCUUAACUCCCAGGCAUUUACUGCAACUGUACUUUUUCCUCCUUAUUUUGGCAACAAUGUUGGCUCCUUCUUGGAAGUAACUAUAAGUACAAAUACUUCAUGAGUGUAAUGAAUUCGAUUUAUCAAGUAGAUUCUAUGUAUUUUUUGAACAAUGUUUGACUUAACUCCCCAUUAAGUACAAAUAUGUAACUGUACAGAAGUAGAUGUGUCAAGUAUCUUGGACACUGAAAAAAAACGUUGUUUUUUUUUGCUGUAGUCUACUGGAGUAUUUACUUUAUGACUUUGGUAAAAUAGGCUCCUUCAGGGAAGUAACUGAGUACAAAUACUUCCUUACUGUACCAAAGUACAUUUGUCAGGUAUCAGUGCUCGAGUAUUUCUUUUCCGACAACUUUAUACUUUAACUCGCUGAUAUCUUUUUACUCCUUACAUUGUCAAAAUAAGCUCAUUAUGGGAAGUAACCAAGUACAAAAACGUAGUUGCUGUACUUAAGAAGAGUUUUCAUGUAUUUGUGCUUUACUUGGGGAUUCAUUUUUGGGAAAUUUUUUUCUUUUCACUUUUUACAACCUACAUUUGGUAACAGAUAUUUGUACGUUGUACCCCUUACUUUGUCUAAAUAGGCUUGUUACAUUUUUAAACCGUCGCUGACGAUAAUGCAACGAAAAAAAAAAGAGCCAAAUUCAGAGAGGGGUACAAAAAAAAAUCUAUCAGUAUAUAUAUUUUUUCAUUCAAUACAAAAAACCAAAAUGCUCGAUUUGUAGUAUGUUACGCAUAAUUCCGUACACCAUUUUUGAACGCUUUCGGAAAACAAGACAUAACCAAGUCAACACACAAGAAGAAUCAAUUUGCCUCAAUUCAACCUUUGCAAAUUACUUACACCACUUUUACUUAAUGGAGUUGAAUAGGUACUUCUACUUUUUACAGAAUAUAUAUUUUACGCAAGUAUUUGUACUUCUACUCAAGUACAGCAUGUGAGUAUGUUUGCCACCUUUGGACAGACUCAAAUAUCACAACAAGUAUUAAUACUGAAAUAUUGCUGAUCAAAUAUAAAUUCACUUACAAAUUAAGUUACUCUGUUUAGUUGAACAUAAAGCUACUAUGUUGAUGUAUGAAUGGCAACAGGUUAGGGUUAGUUGCCAUGUAUAGUGGAAGAGCAUUCAAUUGUUAUGUCUGUCACUAUAAUUAGCUGGCAGAGAUAGAUGCACAAAAGGAAAAUAUUUUUUGGCCCAGUUAAGUGACAUUGAACAAUUACCACAGCACAUGGGUUGGGAAUGGCUGAUUUAUUGGACAUUAAUGGUGAUCGCCACAUGACAACAUUCUGCAAUAUGUUUAUAAAAAAUAAAAAAAAUAAAAAAAGGAACAUCCAGUCCUUUUUUAACAUCACCAUUGUCGACUAAGACUGCCUUGUUUUAUUUUUAUUUUUUCAUGCUAAUUGAUGGUUAAAGUGGCUAAGAGAAAUAAAAUAAGUUUAUGUCGUUGAAGCCAAAGUUGUUUGAGUAUUAAUGCAAUGAAGGAGUCAGUUUGAAAUGCUGUUUAAUGUAUUUACGGGUUUGUGGCGCUACAUCUGCCAAAAAGCAGUGCAAUCAAACAUUUAAUUGAAGGGGAAUCAAGGUUUUUGUGAAGAAAAUCAGCCAAGUGAAGAUUUUUUUUUUGUCUUGUAUACAUUAAUUUGUAGAUUCCUAUCCUAUAUCUUUCUGGAAUGACUAACUAGGACAAUGAAUAAUGUAAAUAUUCCUGUAUGCACUUUACAUUGAUGACUCGAAGUGAUGUGAUAAAAAAAAAAAGAAAAAAAACUCUCUCACUGUUGUGCAAGAGCUUUAUUAAACUGUCCACUAUGUCUAUAA